AUUAGCAUAGAGGAGCGAAUAAACGUCUCUACCCGCCUCUUCUCGAGCAUAGAUCGUCAGCGUCAUCAUGCCUGAACCCGCCAAGUCCGCGCCCAAGAAAGGCUCCAAGAAGGCCGUCACAAAGACCGCCGGUAAAGGAGGAAAGAAGCGCAGAAAGAGCAGGAAGGAGAGCUACGCUAUCUACGUCUACAAAGUCUUGAAGCAGGUUCAUCCCGACACCGGAAUCUCUUCCAAGGCGAUGGGGAUCAUGAACUCUUUCGUCAACGACAUCUUCGAGCGCAUCGCCGGUGAAGCGUCUCGUCUCGCUCACUACAACAAGCGCUCCACCAUCACUUCCAGAGAGAUCCAGACCGCCGUGCGUCUGCUGCUGCCCGGGGAGCUGGCCAAACACGCCGUGUCUGAGGGCACCAAGGCCGUGACCAAGUACACCAGCUCCAAGUAGAGCAGCCCAGACCCACAAACCACAAAGGCUCUUUUAAGAGCCACCCAA